UGCAUGUACUUAAUAUGGGUUAAGGUUAGGGUUAGGGUUAGGUUUAGGGUUAGUACCUAGUUGCUGGGGUGUCUGUUGGUUUGUUCUCUUGUUUUUCUGUUCUUGUUGUUCCUCUCUUACUCUGCUUGUUCAGCAGGUGUCAUCACUAAUGAUCAAUCAUCACUCAGAGAGUGUAUCUACUUGAUCUCAUGAACUGUUUGGCCGGUUCAACAUUCAACACAACACAGAGUAGAUUCAACACUGCUCAGUGUUAGUUUUUAACACUCUUGUAGAGUGGACUCAUGGAGACACCAAGGAGUGUUAAUUUAACACCGGAGAUUUUGCUGUGACGCUACUGUGAGGUGCACCAGAUGACUGGGAAUUACAUGUGGGACAAGGACUCCAUGAAGGAAUUCCUGAUCGGAACGAACCCAGACAGCAGUCUGAAUAUGUGGUGGAAUGGCUCAGAGCCGCUGUGGGUGACCAUGCAGAAAACAGGAAAAAGAGUCUACAUGUACUUCUGGCCUGGUUGUGAAGUGUCAAUUCUUGGGGUGAGACCUACAUUCUGUGAGGAAUAUGUCUACAAUCCUUCAGAGAAGAACCUGACUGACUCCUUGGAGAGCGCUCUCAAUAUGUUAAAGAGCAAUAAAGCAGACAUGGCUGCAAUUUAUUAUGAGAAGAUAGAUGUGGAAGGACAUCAUUAUGGGCCUCAAUCUAUACAAAUACAGCGUGCCGUACGCACACUGGACGAGGCUUUCCAAACCCUCAACCGCAAAAUCAAGGAGAAGAAUAUGAGAGAUGAGAUAAAUGUAAUCCUGUUCUCUGAUCAUGGUAUGACUGAGCUCAAGUGGAUGGAGAAAGUCAUUGAACUAGACAAAUACAUUGACAUGUCCAACAUCAUCAAGAUGAUGGACAGAGGGCCAGUGGUCAGUCUGUGGCCCAAACAGGACAAGUUUGAGGAGAUCUAUCGAAACCUGAGCACAGCGGACAACAUGAAUAUUUACAAGAGGCAAGAGAUCCCAGACCGCUACCACUAUAAGAACGGGAGGUUUGUCUCGACACUAACACUUGUCGCAGAGCCCGGAUGGUUUAUCACUGAGAAUAAAGCCAAACUACCCUUUUGGAAAAAUGGCACAGAAGAGGCAGAGGGCUGGCAGCAUGGUUGGCAUGGUUACGAUAAUGAGUUUAUGGACAUGAGGGGAUUUUUUCUGGCACAAGGACCAGACUUCAAGACGAACUACCGUGCUGGUCCCAUUCGAGCAGUGGAUGUGUAUAAUGUUUUGUGCAGGACGCUGGGGAUUGAACCUUUGCCCAACAAUGGCUCGUGGUCUCGAGUGGAGUGUAUGCUGAAGAGCUCGGUGGCUGCCCUGAUCUACAGCUGGAUGCUGACACUAAUGCUGCUGGCACUGUCUGUGCUGCUCUAGAACUUUCCAUGACUGUAUUUUCACAUUGAAGCACUGACCAUAUCAGACUGAAGAGAAGAUUACAAAAGAGAAUAAAUGAAACAUGUUAUAGAGUGUUAGUGCGUGCCAUGGCAUCAGAUACAUAGAAAACUUUCUUUUCAUAUGCUUUUUGCUGCACUGCCUUUAUUUUCAAAUUGUAAAUGUCUCUUAAUGCUAAUGCAAUAGAAGAAAUGAUUGUGUUGGCAUUGGAUGAACCAACUUGCACAUAUACUAAGAUAUACACCGAUCAGCCACAACAUUAAAACCACCUGUCUAAUAUUGUGCAGGUCCCCCUCUUGCCGCAAAAAC